AUGGUUUUCACCGUUGGUAUUGCAGGUAUUACCGCAAGGGUAGCUCUCUGUGUUGUCCAGGAGCUCCUCAAACGUCCCGAUGUCCGUAUCCGAGGCUAUUGUCGCAGCCCUGCCAAACUGCCAGCGCAUCUUUUACGCGAUCCUCAUGUUUCCCUGACACAAGGUCAAUUCGACGAUGAAUCUGCCUUAAAGUCAUUCGUCAAAGGUUGCGACGUUAUGAUCUGCACCUAUCUCGCGGACAUCGACGUGAUGAUUGAAGGCCAAAAGCUGCUGAUUGACCUUUGUGAAGAAGAGGGAGUAGGGCGUUACAUCUCCAGCGAUUAUACCGAAUACCUGGACACGAAGAACAUUAAGGCAGUCCAUAUUUUGGUUGGUUUGUUCAUGGAGACUCUCUUCAGCGAGUUGUUCUAUUUUUGGGAGCCUAAGGAGGCGAAGAUACAGUAUUACGGUUCGGGUAAUGAAGUCUUGGAAUUGACUACCUACCAUACUACUGGUCAAUAUGUAGCGGCAGUCGCUCUUGACACCGAAGCCGUAGGCUUCUUCAGAUUCCUCGGCGAUCGGAAAACGACGCAUCAGAUCAUAUCUGAUUUCACAUCCGUCUAUGGCACGGAGCCGGCCGUCGAGAGACUUGGUUCCUUGGAGGAUUUGUACAAGCAAGCUCACCAGAACGGCGAGCAGGACUACGUGAAAGUUGGUGCAUACUUCAUACUGAAGGGGGCGGUGUAUCUCAAGGGUGAUCUGGAUUGUGCAAGGUAUCCGGAUAUCAAGCCAAUGACGUUGGAAGACUUUUUCAAGCAACAUCCCGUGUCCCAAUUGUCCGAAGCACUUUCGAACGUCGGCUACAGUUGAAGCUACAUUGGUCAAGAUUCGAUAAGAUUGAAAGGAGCAACCAGACUGUACAGAUUUCUAGAGAGGACAAUUCGACCAAAACCAACUUGAAUCCGAAUUUGAAACUGAUACCAUAGUUUAACCCUUGGAGUAUAGUCAUAAAU